ACGGUACAAAUCUUACUUGACCAAUCUUUGUCAGUGUUCCGAAGACGUUCGCCGUGCACCUCUUAUGCAGAGGGAGAACGCCACCAAAAUAACCCAGGAAGGAGUGUUUAGCUUAGUCGGGAGGACACUGUGCAUUACAUCAGUAAUAAUGAUACUGUAGAUAUUAUAUUCAUAGCUGAUCUCUUCUUGUGGAAUAAUUUUAGCAGGUUUUCUGCAGGAAGCUUUUAACCAUCGGUGACAGCCACCACUGUCCACGGGAAGAACAUGGCGUCGUUACUGCGUAUAAAGCCCGUGGUAAUGGUAUACACAGUUGCCAAGCUGUGGCUGUGUUUUGCUCUCAUUGUGUCGUCGAUCCACGCCGAAAAGGCCAACAAAUCCACCAACGAACAGGAAGAUGAAAUCGAUGGGAGCAUCAAGGAUGAUCCUACAAACUCUAAAAAGAAGUUACCAGAGUUUCCGAAUGGAGUUAUCAAAUUUAACAACCCAGAUUUGUUGAAAGGGAUAUCGGGAGCUGGCCGAUCGGCUGCGGGGAGUAAGCGGCAGGGAUAUUCCGUUGUACAGGCUGAGUUCCGAUCUGGAGUUACAACAAGUUUGAUGGACGAAUCAAGGACGCUUGCUAAGAAAUACAGUCAGAUUAUGGAAGAGGAGCUUGGAUAUACUGCCAUGCAGAAACUCUUGGACUCUCAGAACUAUCAACAAGCAGAGCAGACGACCAGUGAGGAUUAUCAGGUCCAAAGAAUAUCGAUGAAGAUCAGAUUAAAAUUCAGGAAGUUCCAGAACGUGCUCAAUACGAAUCGACGCACAAUAGAAUCUCUGUACAGACAACAUAGGACAUCAUCUGUUUCUUCCAGUGUAGACUGUUGCACUCUCUCAAAGUCAAAACAAAGAUAUGACUCUAAUUUUGGUGCAAACAUCUCUCGGGACACUGCGUGUGAAAUCUCCUCUCUCUCCACUCCCACUGGAGCAUUCAUACCAACAAAGAACCUCACACAAGCCUUCAAGCGCCAGCUGCUGAGCAACCCGACUCUCAAAUGGCAGUAUUUCAGUUCUGAGGCGGGUAUCCAUGCCAUCUUCCCUGCCACACAGUACCUAGCUACACACAAGUAUGCUGAUCAGUGCUCUGUAGAUGUCCGUAGCAAGAAUCUUUAUGCCUCUACCGUGCAGCCGUCACCUACCAAUGUAGUGAUCAUCAUAGACCACGGAUCAUCUAUUAGUCCUGUCUCUCUGGUCAUAGCUCAGAAAGCUGCUAAGACUGCGCUAGGAGCACUCUCACGCAAAGAUAGGGUUGGUGUCCUGAGCAUGGGUUCUGAAGUCGUGACCAGCCAGCCAGGGAGUUGCUAUGACGACAUGCUGGCACCGGCCUCGGCGGAAGUCAAAGAGCAUCUGAUCAAGUUUAUUAAUGGCAUCAAGGCAAUGGAUGGUCCUUCAAACCACACAUCAGCUCUGAGAACGGCAUUAGAUCUGAUUCAGAGAACAACCUCUCCUAUGCCACUCAAUCAAUCUAAACCAGAUUCAGUAAUCCUGUACAUCAGUACAGGCCAUGCGAGUAACCAGGAUGAAGUGAAAACCGCCAUCAACAUAGCCAUCUCUGAGAACAGAAGACUUAAUAACAGAGUAGCCAUCAUGACUUAUGCUUUAGUAGAAGAGGGUAGAACUGGUCUUGAGGAGCUAGCCUUCUUACGUGACCUAGCUGAGCAGGACAAUGGGACGUACCGAGCUGUAGCUACUGAUUCUGAUCUCCCGCCUGUACAGAUUGGUAUGAUGACGGUACUAAACCAGCUAAGCCAUCUAGAAUCGACUGUAGGAACAUUCUAUACAGUAUUACCCCAGGAACCUACACAAGCACCUGUAUCCUUCUCUCUACCUUACAUGGAUUAUACUGGUUCAGGUUUGAUAAUGAGUCUGACCAGGCCAUGCUAUGCUAAUGAUCAGGUGCUGGGUAUCGUUGGUCUGGAUAUGAACAUGGCUGACAUCUUAGAAGAUGUGACAUACUUUGAGGAGGGGGAUCGCUCCUAUGCAUUCUUGAUUGAUAACCAAGGCCUUGCCAUUAUGCAUCCAUCGUUACCGAAGCCCUGGCUAGUCACUGAACAGCCAAUCUUUACUAGUAUCAAGCAUUUUGAACAGUCUGUUGGAUUUGAUAAGCUGCAAGAAGUCAUGCUCAGAGAGAAGACAGGAAGUGCCGUCCUGCCCAUCACAGAGAACUGUACAACACAAGCCAAGUACUCAUGGAAACAUAUUGAGGGAACUCCAUUCACAGUCUGUACUGUUUUCUUAUCACAAUACAAAGACCUACUCAACCUCAGACAUACUAAUGUGCCCUCUGGAGAUAGUCUGAUGUACCAUAGAUUAGAUCUGCUGCCCUCUACCAACAUGUGCAUGCAUCUCAAGCAGCUCUCCACGAUGGAUGGUAGUAGUCUACUUCUAUCUGCAGGGAGCUUUGCCUCUCCCUAUGAACACCUGAGUCAAGAGGAAACCAAGCUAGUCGUCCAGGCCUAUGUGGCUUACCUCAGUGAUAACACCAGACUCAUUGCUAACCCUGGUCUAAAGCCAACAAUAAAGAAUGAUGUAGCAGCAACCAGAGCCAUUGAGAAGACCUGGCUCAAACAAAUCCUCAAGAGUGACAUCAAUGAAUUCAUCAUUAGAAGGUACGUUGCUACUACUAGUGGUGCUGUAUGGAUCUAUCCUGGGACAUUGAUGCCUAAGACCUUUGACCCUGCAAGAAGACCCUGGUAUAAGAGAGCCCUUGAAAACCCAGGUCGAAUCACGCUAUCCUCUCCCUAUCUGGACAAUGGGGGCGCUGGUUACAUUGUCACACUCAGUAGAGUCAUCUUUGAAGGAAGGUCCAGUGGCUACCACACUGAGACAGACCAUGUUGUAGCAGUGAUGGGUAUUGAUAUCACUCUGCCAUACUUCUAUCAGCUCCUAGUGGAUACCUUGCCAGUCUGUGAAGAGGAACAUAUCAGAUGUUUUGUCAUGGAUGAGAGGGGAUACCUGGUAGCACAUCCUUAUUUCAUUGAGCCCUUAGGCAGAGGACCUAUGGAGAAACAACAUAUAACACAUCAGGAGAUACUGAUAUCCAACGAUGUCCUGUACCACACUGAGUUUGUCCAGAAGCUACGUUGCAACCGCUUCGGUAACCGCACCGUCCAACGCUACUACUCCUUCAACAGCAGCUACCAGGAUGGUGUAGUAGCUAAUAAGUUCCACAGCGAGCAUUGUAUCCAGUACAAGAUGACCCCCGUGCCGUACAGUAAUACCUUUGUGGGCGUGGUCAAUGAAACAUGUGACUUUGUGACUGCUUUCUGCCCUUGUAGCAUGACUGACAGACUUUGUUUGAACUGUCAUCGUAUGGAGCAGGAAGAAUGUGAAUGUCCAUGUGAAUGUGCCCUUGAUCUGGAUGCUUGUACAGGAGACAUCCUCAAUAGAGAUGAUGAUAGUAACCCAAGUUGUCCUGGAAUGGAAGAGAACACAGGAUUACCUAAACUUGAUGAAGACAUGACCAAAGAUCUCCCUCAAUGUCUGGACUUUCAGUGUGGGCUGAGAACCGCUGUUGGGACAUGCCGUGGUGUGCUAGAUUGUGAAUGGUGUCAGUACGGCCAAGAUGGGAGCACACUACUCAAAGAUCCAUACUGUGCUACACAAAGGGAAUGCUUUGGAGGAGUGCUGGGUGCUGUCACGCCGUAUGGUGAUCACAUAGUGGUUGCACGUCGCUCCUACACCUUUGAGACCAGUGCCAACGCCCAUGUUGGCCCCGUGGCUGGUGCCCUCCUUGCCGUCAUCCUCUCCUUAGCCCUCGUCAUCUACAUCUACCGUCAUCACGUUCACAACCAGGAGAGGCGGAGACGUGAGAUGGCUCAGCAGGGAUCGGAUACCUCCGUCAGGAUGACACAAGGGGAUGGAGAUGGGGGUGAUGGGAUGGAGGUGGAUGCUGGAGCUGGAGGGAGCAAUGCACCUGAUAACCAGCCUCCACCAGGAGCAUAUGGCCAGGGGAACAUCAUACUUGCCGCCUUACAUCACCCUAGUCCGUACCAUCAGCGAAUACGACAUGGAAUCCGUAUCUGGCGCCGCCAAGGCCAAGCACCGAGCGAAAGUGACCACGGUUACAGCACCAUGACACCGCACGAGGACAGUGAAUAUCAAUACGUUGAACCGGAUCCUGUGGUGGCAUCGCCGGAGAGAAACAUUGUUGAUCCUCCGCCUGGAAUGCUACAUGUGGAUCGGUCCAAUGAAUUACCCAGUGACACUUGUAGAACUGCGCUUUUAGAGCGGGAUUGCAGCCCGCCCUCAUGUGAUAACCCACUGUCGCAAUCAAUAGUGCCCAAGAUAGAGCCUCCACCACAGACAGUAUUGCCACGGAGGUCACAUCACAUGCGCACGAGAGCACAGGUUCAUUCCGUGGAUACCACCUGUUAGCAAAGACUCAUGCAACUUGUAAUUUAGAAGAAUAUAAGCAUUAUUGUAUAUUUAUCUUGCAUUGUGUAAAUACGAACACACCCACCCCGUAGGAGGAGGAGGAGGAUGUGAUUGCCAAAGUAUUAUUUUGUGAGAGACCGGAAUGGAUCAUAUUUACUGCAUUAAUGAUAGAUCAUUGCUAUAGUGUCAUAGCUUGCUGAGAGAUUAUCAAGUGUGGAUCAUGCAAGAAACAGCAAGAAACAGCAAGAAACAGCUAGAAACGGCUAGAAACAGCAUGAACAAUUCUACAAAACAGUAUAUUCAGUUUCUUUGUUGUAGAUCAUGAUGUAGGAGGAAAAACUGAAUCGCGAAGCUUCUAUUUACACAGUCAUGCUGGUGCUUGCUAAGGAAAUUAUGUCUACAUCUCUACGCUAAAGAUUAUCUAUCUGUUUCAGCUUGCUUGCAUGGGCUUUUCUACAACAUAUCUACACAAUACGAUGAUGUCCUCUGUAGCACUUGUCAAAUAUUUGAUGCCAUAUUUUGUCUAUUGACUCAGUUUUUUCUACGCGAAUGCCAUUUUUCAUCAUCUAAUUUUAGUCAUCCGGAUAUUCUCUUGACUUGUAUGCUCUCACUUGUUUAUCACUAUGUCUUAAAUAGAUGAGUAGGUGUUUAAAUUUUGUAGGAAAAAUGAUGUUUUGAAGAACAUAUGUAAGAUUUCUUCCACAGGUAGAUAUAUGUUAAAGUCAUAAAGGCCACACCUCCUUACAUGCUUUGGAAUGGUACAUGUACAUUUAUCCCCCUGUGUUUUAUAUCUGCAUAAUUUGGUUUGGGAUUGUGCCAUUUGAAAUCCACCGUCUACUUUUUCAAAUCACAAAAUGACCAUGAAGGAACAUUUGAAAUGUAAUAAGGUAUGAACUUUGUUGGAAAGAAAGGACCAAAUCCUGAAUAUAAGGUACCCAGUAAUAUCAGACUCUUUAAGAAGGAGGCCCAGGAAUGUUGCUUAAUAUGGACCAAAUCUUGACUUUAAAUUCUCAAUAUUACCAACUCUAAAUGAAUGAAGGCCCUCGGAUGCACACCUUCUUGCUGACUGCAAAAACAAAGAUGAAUCAGUUGUGCCAAAUAUACCAGCCAUUAGAGAAUGCAAUCAUGAUUUGAAUACCCGUGUAUGUAAGUGUGCAUGCGUGUGUGGUCAAUGGAUAUAUAAGGCAGUAAUUUGUGUAUCCUUAAUCAUUAUGUGUAUACACAUAAUGUUGUUAAAUGAAAAGUAGUGGAGCAUCUUUUACAUUGAAGUAAAACAAUAAGUAGGAAAUUGAAUCAUGCGUAAAGUGGAGGCCAAGUUAUUGAAAAUGAAUAGACCGAAGGAGGCAGAAUGUUUUGAUUUUAUACCCCAUUACAAUAUCUUGAGAACUAUUUUGAGAAUGAAGAUUUGAGCGAGCUUCAGUUCUGUUCUAACAAUUACUGUUCUGUGUUAAUAAUUCAUGGGACCAUAAGCUGUAGGGAAAUUCGGUGUGGUUGUCGUUUUAUCGUCAUGCUAUCGUCAUACUAUGUCUUGGAUUCUUUUUCAAAGAGCCUCAUGUAGCCAUUUUCUCUUUGGCAUAUACGAUUGCCCUUCUUCAGGAAAUAUAUAUUUUUGCUUAUGUCUUUGAUAGGAGGUAGCGAGCGAGUGAAAGGCAUAGGAAUUUUUGUAUUCUUUUAAUAGCUUUUUUGGUUUGUUCCGGUGUACAAAAAACAAAAGCAGGCUUCCAUUAAGCGCAUAUAUUUUUGUUCAAUUUGCUGAUACUAUUUAAUAUUGUGUAUGAUUAAUCUCAGAAACCGAAUAGUGUGUAAAAAAUUCAUGUAAAAUGGUGGCUCUGCAUGAACUUCAAAUAAAAAUAAAAAUCCAAAGCAGAUUGUAAAAACAAGCGAAACACACUUGAUCAGAGUGUGAUCCAGUUUUUCAAGAAGUUUCAAUAUCAUUAGCAUUGCCUACUUAAACAUCCAAAAUAUUGCUGAUUAAGGUUCGUCAGUUAUGUAGGCCUUCAAAUAGAAUUGCUCUGAAUUCUAGUGAUGAAACAUGAAUGAAAAGCCUCGCCCCCUGAUUUGAAAACUGAUGUGGAUUUCUCUCUGACUGAAAGGUUGAUAAUUACAGUUCAGUGAAAAAGAUUUCCAUAAUAUUUCACAUCUAUUGACAUUGCAAUUUCUUUCACAUUAGAUUGCUGUCUGAUCAUUUAGUGCACGAUGAGCUUUUCUCUAUCAUCUUACACAUACUCUUCAGGAACCAUUACUUGAUGCUUGCACCAAAUGCACUAGCGUAUUUUCAAAACAUGUUAAAAUGCUCACGUCAAGCUGAAAAUAAAGAGCUGGAAUUAUCUUUAUCUCUUAAAAUCUUCAUUCUUCCAUUUUGCUAUGCAUAUUUUGUUUGCAAUAAUUUGUUUUCCCCCAAACUCAAAAUUUCAUAAAAACUGCCAAAUCAGCAGUAUAGCAUUAGUUAUUUUUUUUUUUGUACAGUUUAUUUAAUAUGUGUUUAUAUUUUGUAUUUGUUUUCAUUGAUUAUUUGGAAGUCGGAAGCUGUUGAGCAGUAUAUACAUGUAGCGAUUAUCAAUAAAUGAUGUAUACUCCAAAUAAUGCAUUGCUAUGUAUGUGCUAGAUCAUAGAAAACAUAUUUUGCCAAAUUUGUGUCAUGUUUUUUAUGUUAACUUAUGUUGUAAAUAUAUUUGUAGAAAAAAACGAGACAGAAAAAAGCAAACAAAAAGAAGAUUCCCAUAGUUUUGUAAUCCCACCGUCAGAGAGGUACGCCAGUGUGUCGUUCAAUCAAUUAUAUUUUGCCAAUUAGUUGUUGUAUGGAAAUUUUCUUUUAAUUUGCUAGUCGUACUGUUAUACAUUCAUGUACUCAUCAUAAUAUGGGAAUUUGCCAGUCUAAUUUCUUUGUAUUUUAUUGGUAUGGGUUUCUGAUACAAGUAUAACAUUGUUACAGUAUAAAUAGGUCCCAAGUCAUUUGUUAUGUAACAAGUUUAUAAUGUCUUAGAGAAAAUAAGUGAUAUAUUGGUUGACAUAGUCCCACCUACCGGUACUCGACCUGAAGGGAUACAAGUUAUGUUACAUCACUACUGAAGGUAAUACAUUUUUAAUGCCAUUUUUUGUGCUCAUGAAAUGGGACUACAACCUUACAAUUUGUACUUAAAAUGCAAGAAUUAAUAAAUAUGUAUGAUUCAUGUACAUGUAUUCAAAAAUGAAAUGAAAAAUGUCCAGUAUAUUACCUUGAAUCGAAAAAUGAAUUGUACUUUUUUUCUAAGAAUUCUGCCAUUUCUGUUUAUCGACACUUCUGUAUUCAAAAUUAUUCAUGUGGUUGAAUCUAAACAGGAAGAAUUACUUAUUUUCUGAGAUCCUUAUUUAUGUAUUUUAUAGACUGACGUUUUGUCACUCUAUAAGACAGUACUAAUUUUGUUGUCAAUUUUAUAGAACUACAAUUGAAGUCAAUAAUCAAUUUAAAUGUACCCUCAGAGUGUAUGAAAAACUAAAUUACACAAAUUUAGAGUUUUCUGUUGUAAGAAUUGUAUACCUUCAUCAUGCUUGUUACAUGGAUGGAACAGUGUUGGGGGGGGGGGGGGCUAUAAUACAAAUCUUUUCAACCAUUACAACAACAAAAAAAUGAAAUUGAAUUUGUAGAUAAUGAACAAAAAUGAACAAAUAAUUUUAUGAGAGAUUCAUGCACCUUCAUAUUUGCUUUGAAAUAUCAAAUAGUGCCAACAAGAAAUGACCAGAAUCAAGAACUUUGUAUAUUUAUUGAAGAAAGCUGGAGCUGUAUUAUACAGGGAUAGUCCACUAGGAGUUCAAAAUGUCACAAAAUAGAAAUGGACACAAUGAUUAUUCAUGAAAUAUUGGUCAUAAAAUGUGAUUGACAAUGCCUCAACAUACGAUUCAGACUGCGCCAUGGAGUAUCUAAGAACCCCCAUUGCUCCCUAGCUCCUGGCUGCAUGGGACAUUGCUCUUCACAGGUUUGACAUUUAGUCUGUGGACCACCCUCAUGAUAGGUACCAGUGACCAGGGCCCCAUUUCACAAAACUUUUCAUCAGUGACACAGUUCUUGUUAUAAGCUAGUGAAAUCCUUACUUCUGAUUGGUUAUCAGCAGAUUUGUAACUGAUUUUCGUCACUUGUCAAUGAAAAAAGGCUUUGAGAAAACGGUCCCUGGUCUCUGACCAUUUUACAUGAUAUGUCUAUGUUAUACACCCUCGAAGCUUUUCAUAUUUUUGUAAUCAAUCAGUCAAGUCCAGAGUGUAGUAGACUACAAGCUUCUGGUAAAUCUGUAAUUAGACUUAGAAUGACAUUCAUUGUGGGUUCAUAUCAUUGUAUACACAAAAUAAUGAAUAAAUGCAACAGCUAUUUCAUGAACGAAA